UCAUUAGGUGCAGGCUUUGCGGAGGAGGGAUGGUGGGGAGCGCAGCGCUGGCAGCCGGCGGAGGUGGGGAUCAGCCCCUGCCACGGCCGGGGGAGUCAUUAAAACCCCGGUCAGCAGCAGCCGGGGAGCGGCAGUGAGCAAUCUGCCGGGGCGUUAGUGCCCUGGAUUAUUGCUGCGAGCAGCUGAAGGAGAGCAGAGAAGAGGCGUGAGCUGAGAGGAAUGACAAAGAGGGGAAGGAGAGGAAGAAGCCCUGGAGGAGGAGGAGGAGGAGGCGGGGGGAGGCUGGAUGAGCGCCGCAGGCAGCGCAGGGUGCUCCAGCAGCGAUGCUCUGCUGUCCCAGCAUCUGCCCGGUCCCCGCUCCCCGAGCAGCGUGCGGUGUCCCCGUGUGUGUCCUGUUGGCCCUGGGCGCCCUGUCCCUUGGCAGCCCCCUCCCCUUGCUCCCUGGGGCCCUUGGGUUCCUUUCUUGUGUCGCUUUUGUUUUCCCCGGAGAGAGGUGGAGUUGCCGGGUCACUCGGAUCGCUCACUGUCGCUUUCCCAUGGGGUCUUACCCGGGUUUACUAAAGCUCUUCUGUCUCUUCAUCCACGCGGGUCGUAAAUCUGGGGCUUGUCUCGCUGGGCUCUGGGCUGUUGCCAGUCUUCAGAUGAUCCGGCUUCUCAAAAUGAGGAAUGCUUCUCGUGGCAUUUCUAACUCCCUCCCAUCACCGGCGGCAUUGGAAAGGGCAGGGGGGAGGACGCGUGCGCUGCGGCAGCCGGCUCCAAAGGCAGUGCCGGGAGCCGCGCGUCCGCGUGGUGGCUGGGAGGGCUGGCGAGGUGCGGGGCACGGCGCGGCACGGGCGCUUGGGCAGGUCCUGGGGGUGCCAUCAUCCCGCCUGCCCAUCCCAGAGCCUUCGCCGCCGAGGAGCCUCGGCAGCAUGAGCGUUGUGCCAAGGCUGAGAAGCUGCUGCUGUGAGACCCCGACGGCUCUUCCCGACGACGCCGAGGGCCGAACGCGAGCGUGAGCUCCCACCUGCGACCGCAGCACGAGGUACCUGCUCCUGGCCUCCAGGUACGUCGCUCCCACCGAGCAGCCCAGAGAGCCCAGCGCGAGCACCGCAGGAGGAGCUGGGCUGAAUAAAAGACCGAGCGCUCGGUGCCAGUGUCUAAUGGCACCGAAGUGAAGGCGAGCGCUGCUGCCGGGCGGCCGGCCUGCCGCCGAUGCAUCCCCGCUCCUAGCGCCGAGGGGUCGGGAGGGACGGCCGAGGAGGGGAGAGCCCGAGGGGCCAGCCGGGAAGACGAGGAUCGCGGUGUGCGGAAGAGGACGGACCCGCGAGCAGCUUCACGGCUACCUGUCGACACAUGCUGUGCUCCAUGGCUAACUCGGGCUGCCUCCUUGUCUCCAACUCAGGCAUGCUUCCUCACUCUCUCCCCUGUCCUCCAGCCUUCCUCUACCUCCAACAGGGUAACCAGGACGCCACGGCUCCGCCAGACGCGAUGGCUCAGCCCUACCCCCCGGCCCAGUACCCCCCGCCCCCCCAGAACGGGAUCCCCGCAGAGUACGCGCCGCCGCACCCCCACCCCACGCAGGACUACUCGGGGCAAAGCACAGUACCGGAGCACGCCAUGACCCUCUACACACCAGCACAGAGCCACGCCGAGCAGCCGGGCACCGACGCCAGCACACAGUCCAUAGCAGGGACGCAGACGGUACCGCAGACAGACGAGGCGGCACAGACAGAGAGCCAGCAGCUACACUCCUCAGACAACACAGACAAGCAGCAGCCCAAGAGGUUACACGUCUCCAACAUCCCCUUCCGAUUCCGGGACCCCGACCUGCGGCAAAUGUUCGGGCAAUUCGGGAAGAUCCUGGAUGUGGAGAUCAUUUUCAAUGAGCGGGGCUCCAAGGGUUUUGGGUUUGUAACUUUUGAAACUAGCACAGAUGCCGACCGGGCACGGGAGAAGCUGAAUGGCACCAUCGUAGAGGGCCGGAAGAUUGAGGUGAACAACGCCACGGCCCGGGUCAUGACGAACAAGAAGGCUGCCAACCCCUACACCAACGGCUGGAAGCUGAACCCGGUGGUGGGAGCAGUCUACGGCCCCGAGUUCUACGCAGUAACGGGGUUCCCGUACCCUGCCACAGGGACAGCUGUGGCCUACCGAGGGGCACACUUAAGGGGACGAGGACGCGCUGUCUACAACACCUUCCGGGCUGCGCCGCCGCCACCACCCAUCCCCACCUACGGCGCGGUCGUCUACCAGGACGGGUUCUACGGAGCCGAGAUCUACGGGGGCUACGCCGCAUACAGAUACGCCCAGCCCGCGGCAGCAGCAGCAGCAUACAGCGACAGUUACGGCAGAGUGUAUGCAGCGGCAGACCCGUACCACCACACCAUCGGCCCCGCCGCCACGUACAGCAUCGGCACCAUGGCUAGUCUAUACCGAGGAGGGUACAGCCGCUUCACUCCCUACUAGCAAGACAGACACAGCCCCCCCACCACUAGCACUGACGCUCACUAGCACCAAACACACCAGGCAGACAGAGCCGAGGCCGAGCCUCUGGAGGAACCGCGGUGCCCGCAGGGCUGGGGCUGGGGCCGGGCUCCGCGGGGCCUCGGCAGCCCCCCGUAGGGUUGCGGCUCCGUCCCACCGCCCGCCCGCAUCUCCUGCACCAUCCGUCUGCCCCGGCGCAGCCCUGCGCCUCGGUGCUGCCCGGCUCCUGCCCCCGGCAUCCCUGGGGAGCGGGGCCGACCCUCGGCCCCAGUGGCACCCCGCUGCCGGAGUCGGGAUGCGGGGUCCCCCGGCAGCUCCACUGCGGCCCGAGUCCCCUGGGGGUGCCGAGGGCUUGUCCCCCCGUGAGGCAGGAGGGGAUGCUCGGUGCCAACGGCAGCCCUGGAGCAGCCCCUCUGCCCCCCAUAAGAGAGACAGGAGCCGGCGGGGGCUGCUGCGUGCUCCUCGGGGAUGGAGCCGGGCUGGGGCGGGUGUGGGACCCGGGGGGGCAGCCCCCCGCUUCUCCAGGGCAACUGCACUGCUCUGCAGAGGAGCUGCGGCGCAGGGGUCCAGCUGCAGGGCUGGGGCAUGGUGCGGGGCUCGGGGGGCCGGGCUGGUGGCCGCAUCCCUCCGGGCCAGGCUGCCCCGCGGCCGCUCCGAC